AUGUCUAAGAGAAUAAUGUGUGAAGUAUUCUGUACUGCUGAGGACUUAGGAAUGGACAUCUUUUAUAGCGAUACAGACAGUAUGCAUCUCUACAAUGAAUGUAUCCCUCGUUUAGCUGAAGAGUUUGAGAAACGUUAUGGAAGAGUUCUCAUUGGUAAAAACCUUGGUCAAUUUCAUAGCGACUUUGCAGAAAUCACAAAAGAUAAACAAAGUUUAGCAUACAAGUCAACAUUUUGUGGAAAGAAGACUUACAUAGACUUACUCACGAAUGAUUUAAAUGAAGUUGCAUUUCACUGCAGAAUGAAAGGCGUGAAGCAAGAUGUUAUUGCUUUAACCGCUAAUGAAAUGUUUCCUGACUCUGUUCAGUGUUUCUAUGAUGAAGAUAAAGGUUUAAUGGUUCCGCAAGGAAAAUUUGACAAAGACUCUGAGUUCAGUGUUAUGAAGUUAUAUAAAGCACUUUAUGACGGUCAAGAGAUUGGAUUUGACUUAUGUAAGUCUUCUAGUCCUUGCUUUGCUGAAAAGUUUAACUUUUCUAUUCAGACUAAGACUUCAUUCAUAAGAAAGCUUAAGUUCUGA